AUGCCUCGCGAACAAACCCGUUCACCGCGGUCGGGCCAGGGAUCCUCCGGGCCUCAGACAGUCCGGGACACCACACCCCAGCCCGGGUUUGACCUGUCAGACCUCUUCCAGCCCGGGCAGGAAGCCUUCUUCGACAAGAGCGUUGCCGAAAGCCACCUCGCUACAAUAAUUGCCCAGGAGAUUGACAGGGAAAGAUUCGAUAAUGCCGAGUACAUCACUUCGAAAAUCGUCAAGACUGGCCCCGUGUUCGAUCGACAUCAUGGCAAAGGAUCAUCGACGACCCGCAGCGCUGUCGGUUAUCUUCGCAAUCACGGUGUCCACCACGACAUCGAUGAUGAUGACAACGAAAAAGAAAAUUUUUUGAGUCAGCCGUUCCUUCAAGUGCUGGCCGUAGUCUGUUUCCUUUCGGCUUCCCGGGAUGAAUUCGACCUGCGGGAGGGUUAUCUGAACGCAGUUCGUGCCCUGAACACUCUGGCACUGUUGAUCGACAAACUGCGUGAAGAGAAUGACCGAGAGACUGACCAAGUUCGGGCCAUCCCCAUUCGCAUUCUCGAAAUGAUGUGGGAUAUUGGCAUAUUUUUAGUCGGCACUGUCCACACUCGUGCUAGGCUGCUCGGAGGAAACCAUACGGCCUUGGAUGAUGCUAACAUCAUCCACGCUUUCCACUAUCGAAAGGCGGUAAACACGGCCCUGGACAAGAAUCGAGGCGUUGGAAAAGUGUGUCAAAGGGCUCUGUUUAUCCUGACGAGAGAAGCCGUAUCCCCUUUCGUUCAACCAAUGAAGCUCAUCCAAAGCCUGAAUGGCCUAGACCUUGACAAGUUUCACCUAGACUGCACUCAGGACGAGUGCAAGCGAGACACCGACGGCACCAACCCUCCCCGUUACCACGUCCCGUCCUGCGACCAAAACUGCGGCUUCCGGACCCCUCCAACCAAAUCAAUUCUCGAAUUUGACUACCUUUUAGAAACACUGGGAGAGAUGCCAGCCAUCAACGUUGAUACGACGUCGGACAAGAAUUGGUGGGUUGCGACAACCAAAAACACCCUAGCUAUCAGCCAUGUCUGGCGGGAUGGUAUAUUUGGCACCCGAGACGACCCAGGGCUUCCCAACUGUCUGCACAACUACUUUGUCGAGCUCGCCAAGGCCAACGAUCUCAACAGCUACUGGAUUGACGCUGCCACCAUUCCCAAGCACUCCAAACAGCGCAAGCUCAUGAUUAAGAUGAUCAACUACACGUUCCGAGAAUCCAGGUUCAGUCUGUGCUGCGACAACCGCGUGGCUAGGGUCACAGAUCUGGAAAAGGACAACGGGACUGCGCUUCUGGUCAUCAUGACAGCAUAUUGGCAUCGCAGGGCCUGGACUCUUCUGGAAGGGCACAAAGCAACUGACAUUCGCUUUUUGAGGGAGGGCGACAUGUCAAACCCCUUCCAGGUCAAGGCGGCCAUCCUGGAAGUUCUCGCUUAUACUUCUACCGCACCGAUGUGGCUGCUCUCAAGCAUUGCGGAGCUCGAGCCCUACAUGGUUGAGGGUUUGACGCCUGAGGCCUCUGGGAUUUUGCUUUCCUCGCGGAAGGCUUCUCGGCCAGGCGACUCGGAACUGAUUUGGCGUCUCCUCGCCCAACCCUUCACCUCCAAGGACGUGAACAAGGCACUCAACGACACAGCAUUUGACUACUCCGAGACGGUCGACGCGGCCUUCAUCAGCUCGAAUGCGAGUCGAUCCGACAAGAACGGGUACUGCUGGAUGCCCGGCGCAACAGAUGCGGGCGAGUGGAUCUCAUAUGCUGUCGGCGCCCGACCCGUGGAGCAGAUCCAGUUGGUGACCACCUACUUGGAGGGCCAGUGGUUCCGCAAGGACGCGACGGGAUAUUUCGACCUUAUCAACUGGCGUUCUAGGAUUGUGAAUGAAAGUGUCAACGUUGACGCCUUGAAGGAGAAGGUCAAGAACAAACUGGCAUUCCAGACCAUUCUAGCUUGCCCGAUCUGGAAAGUAGGGCCAACAAAGGGAGAAUGGGAUAGGGUGGUCAUCAUGACCCGACCGCGCAUGGCACCAAUCACCUCCGUCAAAGAUAUCGACCGCGAGGAACUCUUGUGGCAUUGGGAGACUAUCAUCGAGCUCAAAUCGGGCCUAAAGUUUGUUGAGUCAGAUGUGGCCUCGCUCAAGGUUGGCGCAGCCGAUGACGCAAAGCGCCAGGCGGCACUCUUGACCGCGUCCUCAGCCGGCGUAGUUCUCUCCACAGCGAUCGGCUUAUCAAGUGGCAACAACGCCGACACAACACCAAGGCAGCGAAAUACAAACUUUCUGAAUCAAUUCUGGCAUGGGAGUACACUACACAAUUUUGCCGCCACCUUGGCGUGUCUCGCCGCCGCCGCAAUGCUGCAAAAUAAGUUUGGUGCCGCUGCCGCUGCUACGCCCAUCAUGGCUGCUCCAAGCUCGACAGGGUCUAUCAAAGUGGGCUUUUGGCUCGAUCUACCUGACAUCCCUGACCUGGUCGAGGAGUGGUCCGCAAUCAUCCCCUUAGCUGUCUAUCUCUCGAGCCCGAGGAGCGACUUUGAGCUGGCAGGGGAGGUGACACUCAGGGGUCACCUCUCGGUCAGCAUCAUCCCGAAGCUAUGGGCGCUCGGCGGCAUUGCCAAAAUGUUGCGGCAGGGUGACGUGUUUUUCGACACAGCAAGCGGCGCAGGCGACCCGCUGAAAGUCUAUGACGUUCAAUGGGGCAGUGUCUUCCCUUGUUACAACAGUGCUGCCGCCCUUGCCCUCACCGAUGUUGUGUUCGGCGGCCAGAAGAAAAAAGGCCCCGAUAUCACGCAGGAGCAUCUCAACAGGUGGAUCAUGGAAAACCAAAACGAGUUGCUGCGCCGAUUUACCCUUUACGACACGGGCGCGGGUCGAGCGCCAACAAGCGAUGUAUUUUGCGGAAGUAGCCUAGAGGGGCUCAUCCAGCGCAAGAGGCUCUACGGGCGACGCCAGCAUCUCAAAGUCGUUGUCGUGAGUUCGGUCGGCGUGAAAUCCAAGAGGAGAAGGCAACUAUUCCAACAACUGUUGAAAAGCAUCUCUUGGCAUGCGUUUGAGCUCGCGCUCUCGUUUUCCAUGUCGGGGUUUUUGUUCAGUUGCGGCCUCAUUGGGUCGGGGUCACUGCUAGCGAUGGGAGCGCUGUCUCGGUUCUGUGCUCAUACCAUCAAGUUCGAGCGCAGUCCGCUGUAUCUCCGGAACCGUGAGGUUCACGAGGGAUGCAUGUUGGCUUCUCUGCACGAAAACGCCACGUCGUGGACCUUCUACAUCGGCCAUCGGGGCAUGAUUGACUCGCUUCUCAACAAACCUAUGGUUGAGCCGGGAAAAGCGCAUCCCUUUGUUCUCUUCUACCUCCGCGUCGCCGAAGUCCUGCAGGUGUUGGGCAUGACGUACGUUGCGGGACAGAAAGGCUGGGACGGUGUCAUUUUCAUGAUCCUCGUAUUCACCAUAUGGCUUGUUCGCGGUGCCUCAGGGAACGACAAACACGCGGCAAGAUGGCUCGAAGAGGAAGGCUUCAAGGCCGUGGGCUUUACCUGCGAAUUUCCAGGCCGAACAGAGCUCCUGGGGGCCGUGCAACUUCUCAGCACCGAACAAAAAACAUAUUGGAUGGACGGCAUUCUGGCGCCCGUCCCGAGACGAGAGAUCUGGCUGAAGAAGAUUGGCGCUCUCAACUCUGAUGCUGCUGAGACGGAAAGGGAGUUCUAUUGCGGGCUACAGGUUGAUCCAAGAGAAGUUGAAAAAUAUGGUGGGCCAUGA